AUGCUACCUUUAUCUCUAAAAUCGCUUCAAAUUGAGUUUUGCGAAGAGCUGACAUUUUUGGAGGAUUUAAGUGUUUCUCUUCUUGAACUCUUAAAGAUUGCUGGGUGUGAUUAUCUCAAGUGUAUAUCAUUAGAUGGUGCGUUACCUGAGACACUCAACCAACUAGAACUUUUUUAUUGCAAAGCGCUGGAAACAUUAUCAUCUAGUAGAAAUGAGUACCUCCCUAAGGCACUUACAUCCAUCUGUAUUUUUGCUUGUCAAGAGCUAAAGUCAAUUGGUGAGUCCUUUGAUAAUAGCACGUGUCUUAAAAAUAUUAGUUUAGAGGCUUGUGAAAAUCUUGAAUCCUUACCUUCACUACACCAUCUUCCUUGCCUUGAGUCUAUUAAAAUAUAUGUAUGUCCAAAAUUGUCGGUGAGAGAAGGUGUUCCCACCAGCCUGAGACAACUCUUAAUUAAUGAAUGCGAAGAUGACAAGGGAAUGGGAAUGCUCACCUCUCUAAAGAUGUUGAGAUUCUGGGACCUCCCACAGCUUAAAUCCAUCUCAGACCUGACCAACCUCACCGCUUUUGAAAAGUUGGAUAUCAUUUCACUCUCACUGCUUGAAUCCAUCUCAGACCUGAACAACCUCAACUCUCUAAAAGAGUUGCUAAUCGAAAACCUCCCACAGCUUAAAUCCAUCUCAGACUUCACCAACCUCACCUCUCUAGGAGAGUUGUACAUCAAAGGCCUCCCACAGCUUGAACUAAUUCCAAAUCUCAGUGGCCUCACCUCUCUAAAAAGGUUGCAAAUUGAGAAACUCCCACAGCAUGAACUAAUCCCAAAUCUCAGCGGCCUCAACUCUCUUACAGAGUUGUCCAUUAAGGAAUGCCAAAAACUCAAAUCAAUUCCAAGUCUCAGCGGCCUCACCUCUCUUAAAAAGUUGCUGAUCCAUUAUCUCCCCAGCUUGAAUCAAUUCCAAGUCUCAGCGGCCUCAUCUCCCUUGAAAUUUUGGAAAUCUGUUAUCUCCCACAGCUUGAAUCAAUUCCAAGUCUCAGCAGCCUCAUCUCUCUUAGAAUUUUGCAAAUCUUUGCUCUCCCACAGCUUGAAUCAAUCCAAGAUCUGA